AUGGAACAGCGCCUGGCGCUCGCCUCUAUAUGGGGCUUUGAGCCUAUCGGCAUCAUCGCCAUUGAAGGUUCCGUGGAUCAUUACACAAAACAAAUCGCUGGCAUUGUUUCCAAUACUAUUUCCGGCAAUGAAUACAAAGACCUGCUUGAUGAACCACGCAUCUACCAGCUAGAUAUGACAUCUAGUCUCCAGAGCCACGGCAAUGAGGACGAAAUGAACCUAUCCCUGGAGGAUGGCUGCGAACUGAUCCCAACCUCAUCUAUCCAUAUAACCAAACUCUGGCUAUCACAGAAUGGCGGAGUGGGGUGCUUCUCCUUCGAUUCCAGGAAACUACUUGCUAGCAUUGCCGACCUCACUUCAACCGAGAUAACUAUGCUCGACGAUACAAAGGGAAUUCAAGUCACGGGUACCAGUGAAGUCGAUGUAGAUGACGCCCUGGCUAAGCUUACUAGGGUUGAGAAGCCAUUGGCAUGUGUCCAGCGUCCUAUCACGACCAACAUUCUUGUGGCGCCGGAAGACGAGGCGUUACGCUAUCGUCUCGUGAAGUACAAUACCUUGAACCCGAUUGCCGAGCGUCGAGUUCUACCAGAUCCGACUAUCGACCCACACCUCGAUCCUGAUGAGAUGUAUGUUUCGGUACAAUACUCAAUCGACGGAGAAACUCACGCGUUGAAACUACCUACCAAUCUGGCAAACCCACCCCAUCUUGUUUACGACCCCGGAAAAUCUCGCAUCUGGAAUGAUUUCACCUUCCAGCCGCUUGGAAGUGAUGAGGGAUACAAUACAGUGUAUGAAUUGGCUGAAAGCGCUAUCCCGAGAACCAAUGCGAUGACCAUAGCUGUCCCACCCUCGCUGCACCCUUACUUGACUGUUGAGAAAGCGAAGCAGGUGAACCAGUGGGUCGUUGAAGGAGCGCGAGUAGAGAAGGAUAUCCCUGAGCAGGAAUCCGUGGCUCCUGGUAUCAACCAGACUCUCAGUACUCAAGGUCCAGCUCCAACUCUCCAGGCUCCUGUUCCCAGAACUCCUGCCCGUGCACAACGCAAUGGGUCCGAAGCAACCGGGCCUCAGAGACCUGCCGGUGUGAAAGUGCGCAGGGUUGCUCCAGCCAGUACCAAGCAGAAGGCACAGGCCGCUCCCUCGCUCCCGGAAACAAGACCAACUUCUACGGAUCUGGAGGGAAACGAUCUGUCACCCCGUAAACGCUGGGUCAUGCAGUAUGAUGUUAAGAAUGGGGACCAGGACUUGCAGAGCGUCAAGGUGGAGGCUAAGGCGCCUAACUCCCAGUCUCAAGCUCGGGCCCAAGCGCGUUCCUCGGAGGACAAUCGGAGCAUUAUAUUGUCAAAGUUUGAUUCGACCAAGUACGGUCUUGCCAAAUUAUCUCCACAACGGGCCUUCGGUAGACAGGGUAAUCCCAGCACUGGUCCAGCCGCACUACGGAAGGCCGCCCGUCAGAAUCAAUUGAUCGAAAUCGACAUACCAGUAAGCAACACUACCAGCACCCAAGUUGUUUCUUUCGACCAGCCCGCACUGCUUCCCGUAGCAUCUUCAUCAUGCGGCAGUGGCUCCGCUACUACAAUCUUGCUGGACAAGAACACGUCCGACCUUGCCGGGUUGACUACUGGGGUUGGCAAUCUUUUGGAUUCUAGUGACUCCGGGUCUGGCCUGGAAACCACCUCCUGGCGCAGCAGCAAUCUGAUAAGCCAAGAUAAGAGACUCAAUGCUUUGCGUCAGAGCUACAAUGCAGCGGCCGUUCAAGUGCUUCCCACUGCAGACGAAAAGCCGAAUACCGCAGCCUCACGCAGUCAAGCGAACGAGGCAUGGGUAAAAGCCAUGGUUACAGAUCUGGAGAGAGCUCAGCGCUCGGAAAAGGAGUCUUCCAGCGAGGUCACUUCCAGAGAGUUCCAUAACACCCGGCACAGGAGUCCGAAGAGUGCUAGCACUGCUAAAAGCAAAGCCGAGGCCAAGGCAAGAAGACAAGCGACACUUGAAGAUUCCUGGGGCAUCAACAAGCCGAAGAAACAGCCCGUCCAAUCCCCUGAAGGUCAGAAGCCAGCUUCAAGCGUCACUGUGCAGGCCUUGGUCGUGCCGAAACCAGCUCCAGUGAAAGACGAGGGUAUUCAACGGCAGGUGAAAAGUCUCUACGACGCUAUUAUCCCCAUCCUCAACUCGGCAGCGUGCUUUCCCGGGGCGAUGAACAUCGAGAUGCAAUUCGGUCUGAUUCUGGUACCCCUUCUUCCGAAGUCCUACAGACAAGAAAACUUGACUGCAGACGCUUGGACGAGAUUUUUUCGUCCACAGUCCGGUCUCUUGGCUCCAACCACCAAGUUCAUAAAGCGACUCACGACCUCUGGUGCCGAUAUUGACCAUAUUGUGGACAUCCGUACUUCCAAAGCCGAUGGCAAACUUCGUCUAUUUGAGCAGGAUUACACGGAUUACUGCGUGUCCUAUGAAUUCCAUUUCCGCACCCGAUCUAAUCAACUUUACAUGGUAGUCAUCGACGAAAAUGGAAGAUACAGCGUUCGGGAGCCGGGAAAAAAACUGGGAGGGGUCACCUUUCACUUUCCAGCUUACACAUGGGAUGCCAAUAUGUCGGUCAAUCAAGUGACGGGAUUUGUUGGCGAUAGCAAUCCGGAUAUUGAACAGAUCGCCCAGCAUCUCGCCAAGAGCAUAUGGGUCGAACCGGAUCGCAACCUCAUUUGCAUCUACACACGUCUGCCCACUGAGAUGGAGAAUAAAGUGACACUGGAGAAGGUGUACAUGCGGCGCUGGACUCGCCACCGUCAUCUGCAACGCAACGAGGCUGCUGCCCGUAUUGCUCGGGAGCAGGCUUCAGCUACUGUGACUACAAGUCCUGACAAGGCCCUUAAUGAGAAUGACAUCAAUAAAACUUCCCAUAUCUUCCUCCAGAUUACUGAAGUGCAAGACCUGCUCUUCGGGAAACACUAUACUGAGCCAGAAGUCAAGCGAGCCCGUGCCACAGCACCGGCGGAGAUGGUGAACAACGGCCGACUGUGGUAUGAGGUCUCCUUGGUCAGUCCUGCGAUCGACUCUCUUCUUAACUCCAACGGCGACCUCGAAGUUGGCGAGCCCACAACUGACUGGCGCGGAAUUGACCUGUUCGGCCGCGACGCUGCUGCUUUGAUCCGUGACACAGCGACGAACGAGGGUAAGACCGAAGACGAGACUCCCAGUGCCGUCGCCAAAGACAUCGGUCACGCCGGUCUCGGAGAUAUGCUCCGUCUAGCCAGGACGGUGAUCCAGCGCAUCGACGCGGUAGGGUAUUGGAAUACUCGACCCGGGAUGGACGUCCCGCUUGAACCUCUCACCACCACCACUGCCUCGUUGCGAAGCAGUGCUCGGGCGUGUGGCGUGGUCGGCAUGUCAUAUGGAGGUGAUGAUGAUGACUCGCAGAGCAGUGAGGAAACUCUAGGUGCCCGGGUGGAUUCCAAGGGGAUCGUUCGGUACCCGGCGCAGGUUGAUAUCUUUUCGCCGCAGGAGUAUUGGUAGUCUAGCUUUUGAGCUUUUCUUUUGAGUCACGUGGUAGGGGUUGCUUCUUCGAAAGGGUCCUCGUACAUGGCAAGGACAGUGGACUGAUUUGACGACGAGGGCACCUCGGUGACACGGGCUGCCUGUUCUGUUGUUCUCCCCGUCUUGCUAUCCGAUACUGCGCAUGCUGGCUUUUCUGCUUUGCUUUAUGUGAAGUGGUGGGGCCGGGUCUUUUACGGUGUCAGCGGCCAAGAGGAGGAAGUUUUCUCCCAUCAGCAAGGAGGCUGAGACUUCUAGUGGUUUAACACGGGGCGUUGAGAGCAGGAUCUUGGGGUCUGUUUCUGGGGGUCCGCAACGCCAGCGGAGAUGGGGAGUUAAAGAAGCCAGGCUGUAUUUACAAGAUUCAUGGGUGCCGUGGUUGGGGUUCAAUGCUGUCCCUGCAGUAGGUGUUGGUUGGCUUGGGGAGAUGGGUUUAAGGGAGAGGGGCGGGUUGAUAAUAGUUCCAAGUUCACAAUUUGCA